AUGGCCAUUCAAACACUUCCAAUCUCAACUCAAAUACUUGUUGUCGGUGGCGGACCCGCCGGAAGUUACGCAGCCGCUGCUUUGGCUCGAGAAGGCUUUGAAGUCACUCUGCUCGAAGCUGCGAAGUUCCCUCGAUACCAUAUUGGCGAGAGCUUGCUCCCGUCGGUCCGCUCCUUCCUGGCAUUUAUUGAUGCAGAAGAAUCUGUCAUGAACUACGGAUUCACACUUAAGCCUGGAGCUGCAGUCAAGUUGAACCAGUUCAAGCGAGAAGGAUAUACAGAUUUCGUUGCGCUAAACCCAAACAAUGCGUCUUGGAACGUGAUUCGAUCGGAAUUUGACGAUUUGCUAUUUCGUCAUGCUUCGAAGAGUGGUGCAAAUGUGUUCGACAACACAAGAGUUACUGAAAUUCAGUUCGAGGGCGAAAGACCUGUUUCAGCCAGCUGGAGGAAUGCCAGCACUGGAAUAGAGGGCCGUAUCUCUUUCAGCUACCUAGUUGAUGCGUCAGGCAGGAACGGGAUCAUAUCCACGAAGUAUCUCAAGAACAGACGCUAUAAUCAGGCCCUCAACAAUAUUGCAUGCUGGGGAUACUGGGAUGGAACCGAGUGUUACAUGCCGGGUACCACUCGCCAGAAUGCUAUCUUUGUCGAAGCACUUGCAGACGAGUCCGGAUGGGCUUGGUUCAUUCCUCUUCACGAUGGAUCUACAUCUGUGGGAGUUGUGAUGGAUCAAGAAUCAAGCACUCGCAAGAAGAAAGCUUCCCGUGGAGCCUCAGGAGGAUCUGGCUCAAAUCUUCUGGCUCAUUAUAAGGAAGAACUUUUAAGCAGAGCUCCUGGAGUCCUCAAAUUGAUAGGAAGGGCCACUCUUCGAAACGAUGGCACACCAGAAGCUGUGAAAUCUGCAAGCGAUUUUAGCUACUCGGCCUCCUCUUAUGCCGGAGAUCAUUUCCGGCUGGCGGGGGAUUCUGGAGCAUUCAUUGACCCAUUCUUCUCCUCUGGUAUCCAUUUGGCUCUCACAGGAGGACUUUCGGCUGCUCUCACGAUCGCUGCGUCGAUUCGAGGACUAUGCAGCGAAGGAAACGCACAACGUUGGCACACUUCAAAGAUUGCCGUCUCCUACACGAGGUUUCUUCUUGUCGUCCUUGGAACCUACAAACAGAUCCGAAAUCAAACUAUGCCGGUGAUGAGUGAUGUGGAUGAGGACAAUUUUGAUAGAGCCUUUGAUCUCAUCAGGCCAGUGAUACAAGGAACAGCAGAUGUUGGUAAAGCUUUGACAGAAGACGAACUCCAGAAAACUAUGGACUUUUGUCGUCAUUUAUUCGCACCCACUGAUCCCGAGAUGCAUUCUGCAGUCAAAGCUAGAUUGGAUCCUUCUCUAACCUCUCCAGAUGCACCCGUCAUGACAGAGAGCGAUAUCGAUCGCUUGCUCGGAGAUGCUGAUGAGGAAGCUAAGACCGUUUUGAGCGAGAUCAACGCGCGAAAGCCCAUUCAUACGAUGUACAACCCCACAGAGAACUUCGGUGUGGAGGAACACUUUGGUUUCAAAGCUGUCUUACAACGAGGCAAAUUGGGCUUGGAGACUGCGUAA